AUUACGGCAAAGCAAAGCUACAGGUUGGAUUACAAGAAGGCCCGUCAACUUAGGAAUUUUAACCAACCUUUCUCUCCAUGCACACAAUUUUCCUCCUAAAUUUACCUGAGUUCCUAAAUAUAGAAGAUACAUAUCAGCAGUAUCACAAAUCCAAUAUGUUGCCUUUCAAACCCAGGACGUUUCUUGUGGACUUUCCAAACGAAUUUUCAUGGGUUAUUUCUGAAGCCAUCUCCGCGUGGAAAGGUUGCAAUCGUGCCUCACUGAAAUAGGAAAUUAGUCGCAAGUCUCUUCCUCUCUAACACGAAAUCCCUCGAAAGCAAGGGAUUUAGGCGAGGUAGAAACAGAGCAUCCGAAUCUCAGAGAUGCAGCGACAUAUGGGUAACAUUCAAGACGAACUGAGGCAGACUCAGAAGCAACUGUAUGAGGCAGAGGAAGAAAGAGAUCGAGCAGUUGAUGAGCUGAGAGAGAUGAAGAAAGUGGCUCAGGAGGCCAACAUGAGGCUAAGUGAAGCAUUGUCCUCUAAGAGAUCAGGAGAGCUAUACACAGAGCUCAGUGCGGCAAAGAAGUCACUAUCUGAUGCAACUCGAGAAUUGCAAUUCAAAGAGAAGGGUAUGGAAUCUUUGAGACUUGAACUUGAAAAGGUGCAACUAGUGGAACUGAAAUUGGCAGAGAGGGAUGCUGCAGUUGAUAAGUUGAAGAAGGAGCUUAAUAUUGCCAAAAUUACAGAGAGUCACACAGUGGAUUCAUUGUCUGAAAGUAAGGCGAGAAUUCAGGAGCUGGAGAGAGAGCUAGAGAAAAAAAAGAACUCGGAAGCCCAAGUGUUUGAUUCACUGGUCUCCCAAACAAAGCAGCUUGAGCAAACCAAGAUUUUGCUUGAAGAGUCCAAGCUUGAAAUUGCUUCUCUUCAUGACAGGGUGCAGAUCUUUGAGGGCUCAUAUGGACAAAGUAGUAGGGAUCUCGAUUUAUUUAACAACUGCCUUGAGAAUAACCAUUCCAGAAAAGAAGAAUUAGAGAGUCUCAAGUCUGAUCUUCAUCAGGCAAAAGGGAAUCUGGCUCAUGCCCAAGAGGCUGAACAUCUUGCUUCAUCACAGACUCAGGCUGUGCUUCAAGAAAUGGGCUUGCUAAAGUCUGAGCUGAAGUUGGCUUUAGAGGCAGAAGAAAAGAGCAAGAAAGCCAUGGAUGAUCUAGCAUUAGCCCUCACAGAAGUUGCCACUGAAGCCAAUCAAGCAAAGGAGAAGCUCAGUUCAACACAAGCAGAACUGGCGAAUAAAAAAGAGGAGGCUGAGCAAUUGAAGCAGACAUUGAAGAGCACCGAAAGCAAGUAUCAAAUACUCUUAGAUGAAACAAGGAAAGAAAUGGAAUGUUAUAGGAACAUUUCAGAGCGAUUGAGAUCAGAAGCGGAGGAAUCACUUCUGGCCUGGAAUUUGAAGGAAACUGAAUUUGUCAAUUGCAUGAAAGAGGCUGAAGAGGAAAAGAUUGCCAUACAACAAGAGAAUACUAGAAUGACAGAGUCGAUGAAAGCUGCUGAGGACAUGAAGAAGGCAUCAAGGGAAGAGAAUCACAAGUUGCGGGAUAUCCUUAGACAGGCCCUAAACGAAUCUAAUGUGGCAAAAGAAGCAGCAGGGAUUGCCAGGGCAGAAAAUUCCCAACUCAAGGAUUGCCUGACUGAAAAAGAUGAUGCUUUGGAUUUUUUCACCCGAGAAAACGAACGCCUUCGGGUCAGUGAAGCUGCAGCUAAUGAGAACAUCAAGGAACUGAAGUAUUUGCUCUCUACGGUCUCAGCAAAGGAAGUCAAAACAGAAGAGAAGGAGGUGGCAGAGGUUAAGACUCAUAAACCAACGGCCAAAGUGAAAACAGAAGACAAGGAAGUGGCAGAGGUUAAGACACAUAAACCAAAUGCUAAGAUGAAACCAGAAGACAAGGAGGUUGCAGAGGUUAAGACUCAUAAACCAACAGCCAAGGUGAAAGCAGAAGAUAAGGAGGUGGCAGAAGUUAAAGCACAGAAACCACCCCUGAAGGAGCAUCAUGAUGGUAAGAAAGCGAGGAACACCUUUAGUUUUGAUCUAGAAGAGCUGAAAAUACCAGUUAAGCCCAAGGAUGAAGAUGAAGAUUUCCUCAUAGAGGAGGCACUUAAGGGCUCCAUAUUUGAUACAAAAUCACCACCUAUGCCGGUGCACCAUCACCGGAAAAUGUCUUCCUCCAUUUUCACCGAUGAUGGAGAAACAAUAUGUUCAGAAGAUUUUGAUAAUCUAGAAGGGCAGCAUUUUGAUGAGGCAGAGCAUGAAAGGAGCUCACACAGAAAAAAGAAAGCAUUGCUCCGAAGGUUUGGAGACCUUAUCAGGAGAAGAAGUUUUCACCAGAAAGCAGGUAUGAAUGAGCCGAAUGCCCAAUAAGAUUUUGGGUCCACCCUCAUAGAUUUUGGCAUUGUAAUGGUAAUUUUUUUUUUUUUUUUUUUUUUGGGGGUAUGUUGAAAAUUGCAAAUGUUUGAAUUACAAUGCCAACAUUCUACUGUAAUUUAUUACAAAGUAGA